UCUAAAACCCUCAUUCGAAUUCCAUCUCCCACACUCUCGCUCUCAUUUUCGGAUCCCAGAAACCCUAAAACCCGAUCUCCAUAUCAGGCGAGAUUCCGUUUUUAUCGCUGCUCUUUCGAGAGGUUUUUUGUUUCUCAGAUUUCGCAUCGGAAGCAUAGGCUCUGCCCUGCUAGACCAAGAUGUACCCUUCAAGGGGGGGUAAUGCUUAUGGGCAACAGUCAUAUGCAUCACAACCAGCAUAUGGGCAAGCUUCUGGAUCUGGUUAUUCUACAGGCUCUCUUGGUGGUCUUGACAGAGGGUCCCAACUUUCAAUACCCUCUCGGCAUUCAUCCAUGUUGGGUUCUUCUCAAGAAGCAGAAUAUGGUGCAUAUAGAACCCAUGCUUCUCCUGCAGCUCAUUAUGGAGGACAAUAUGGAGCCAUGUAUGGAACAUCUAAUCUGAGCAGUGGUCAAAAGAUUGGUCGUGCUGAUUAUGGUUCAGCUCUGGGAGAGUCUCCUAAGUUUGCAUCUGGUGCUCUAGGAUCUAGCUUGGGGUUACAAAACGAUGACUAUGUCUCAUCAUCGAACCAUGGAUAUGGUCACAAAGGUGACCAGUUCCCUGCUGCAAAAGUUUCUGAUUAUGGUACUAUAGACAGCCGCCACUAUGGUGAGCACCAGAGUGCUUAUAGUGGGAGGGACAUUCAGAGUGAAUCAGCUAGAAGAUAUGCUGAUUCUGUUGGUCUGGGCCUUCAGCGUCAGUCUGAGAUGCACGACCAUGUUGACCAGGCAUCAUUGGCUCGACAGCAGCAAAUGCUGAAAGCUCAAUCAUUGCAAACUGGUUCUGAUAUGAGGCAUGCCAUGGCGGCUUCUGCUCUAGAUGGAAGUAAUAGACCAAGUGAUUAUCUUGCAGCAAGGGGUGCUGCAGUUCUUCAUGGAUCCCAAGAUCUUAGCGCGUAUGGUGGAAGAAUGGAUGCUGAUCAUCGCAAUUUAUCUAUCCUUGGUAGUGCUUCAUACGCUGGACAACAUCCAGCAUCCAUAUUAGGUGCAGCUCCCAGGAGAAGUGUCGAUGAUCUUCUUUAUGCACAAGGGUCUUCCAGUGCAGGAUAUGGGGUGGGCUUGCCUCCUGGUCGGGAUUAUAUUGCAGGAAAAGGGUUCCAUGGCGCGUCGAUUGAGUCCGAAUAUCCAGGUAGCAUUCUGUCGCGUGGUGGGCAUCCAGGCAUUGGAGGAUUGAAGGUUGACGAGCGGAAAGAUGAUAGGGGUGGGUUUCGUCGGGACGUUGACAUGAGGGAGGAGGAGCGUCGCCGCGAGCAUGUGCGUGAGCGAGAGAAAGAACGUGAAAGAGAGAAGGAGCGUGAACGAGAAAGGGAGCGAGAAAGAGAGCGCCGUGACAAGGAUAGAGAACGUGAACGUAAACGUGGACCUGAACUUAGGCGUGAACGAACUCCACCAAGAAUUGCUAGAGAUCGCCAUGGUUCUUCUUUGAUAAGGGAUGAUAGACCUCUACGACGAGACUCUCCACGUCAGGAGGCUUUGCAUAGGCGUCAUUCACCCCUUAAAGAAAAAAGGAGAGAAUAUGUUUGCAAGGUUUACCCAUCCUGUUUGGUGGACGUUGAAAGGGACUACUUGGCCUUGAGCAAGCGGUAUCCAAAAUUAUCAAUAUCCCCGGAAUUCACCAAGAUUAUUCUGCACUGGCCAAAGGGAAACCUGAAUCUGUCAUUACACACUCCUGUCAGAUUUGAGCAUGACCUCAUUGAAGUAGAUGCUAGAGCGGAGCCAAAAGAGCCUUCUGCAGAGCCAUUGGUUGAGGAGCCUGGAAAUCCCAAAUGCAAAAGCACUGUAUGGAACGCAAAGGUGAUCUUGUUGAGUGGUAUCAGUAGCCAUGCUCUGGAGGAGCUGUGUUCUGAUAAAAGUUCCGAUGACAGGAUACCCCAUCUUAAUAAUAUCCUGAGGUUUGCAAUUCUCAGGAAAGAUCGUUCCUUCAUGGCGAUUGGAGGUCCAUGGAAUGCAGCUCUGGAUGGUGGAGAUCCCUUGGCUGAUGAUUCCUCCUUGGUUCAGUCAGCUCUUAGACAUGUGAAAGAUUUAACCCAACUUGAUCUGCAAAAUUCCCAGCACUGGAAUCGGUUUCUUGAGAUACAUUAUGACAGAAUUGGCAAGGAUGGGUUGUUUAGCCAUAAAGAAAUCACUGUGCUGUUUGUUCCAGAUUUAUCAGGAUGUCUUCCUUCGUGGGAGUUAUGGCAAAGCCAAUGGCAUGCAUACAAGAAGGCUAUAAUUGAGAGAGAACAGCAACUGGCUGUGAAAAGGGAAAAGAGAUCAAGUGAAAGGAAGGAAGAUGUUAAAGUAUUUCUAGGGGAUCGAAGUCAUGGUAAAUGUGGCAAAGAUGUGGAUUCCACGAAAAGUGUUAAGAAGGAAGACAAUCCAGUAAAGGAUGAGAAGGAAACAAUAAAAACUAUUGACGCUGCUCCCCGUGAACAGGCAAGUAACAUUGUGAAAAUGGAGAAGGUGAAUGAUGAUAAAAACAUAACUGAGGAAAAUGCAUUGGUGCUCAUAGAGAAGGGUUCAGAUGGGGAUAGAAAACGAGUGGAGAUCAAAGUGGAAGAAGUAGGUGGAGAAGGUGAACUCAACGAAAAGAGAGAGCGUGAUGGAAUUUCUGCUUCCCAGGCAACGUCUGGGGUAGAAAAACCUGUAAAGAAGAAAAUUAUUAAGAAGGUCACCAAAGUGAAGACUGCUGACAAAAAAUCCAAUGUGGAUAAGACAGUGAGCAAACAGAAUGAGAUGGAGGAGAAGGAUGGCGGAGAGAAGCAUGGUGGAAAGGAAACCACAGGGCAACAAGAUGAGACUUCUGCUGAUCCAUCAAGCGCUAAAAAAUCUGCAAGUAAGAAAACUGUAAAGAAGGUUCCUAUAGGAAAGGCUGGUCAGAAGAAAGAUGCGGAUACAAACACCGGUGAAUCACAAUGUGAGAAAGAAGUUGAGUGUCAAGAACAUAAAAUGAAGGGUAAGAAAGAACCAGACGGAACUUCAGUUGAGCAGGAAACUGCGGCUAAAACUACUGGAAAGAAGAAAAUAAUUAAAAAGGUGCCUAAGAAAAAGGCUCCUGUGAUUGAAGAGAAGGGCACGAGUGCAGAUAGCAAGAAGGAUGAAAAGGGAGAUGCAAGUAUGGUAUUACAGAAAGUAAGUGAAGCAAAAAAUAUGAAGGAACGAGUUGGAGUUGCUGAUGAGCAGGUAGUUGAAGCCAACAAAUCCGGAAAGAAUUUAACCCAGAAAAAGGAGUCUAAAACAACUGCCGAGAAGCAAGAUGAUGGUGCUACUGGAAAAGAAAUCAAGGAUGGCAGGGAGGAUAAAAAGGAAGAGGCAAGAGUAGAUGAUAAGGAUCUCAAGGUUGACAAAGAUGUUGCAGGGAAUAAAAUGGAGGCUGGGGUCGCAAAGCAUAAAGAUCUGAAGAAGGAUAGUCAUGAGGGCAAAAGGGAAAGAGCGAAGGACGAAAAAGAGAAACAAACCAAGGAUGGGAAGGAUGGACCUAAAAGAAAAUCGAGUAAAGAAGUAAAGGAAAAGGGGAAGCAUGAAGAACCUCCACAACACCCUGGUUUGUUUUUACAAACAAAAUGUAGCAAGGGAUCUAAACUUCGCUCAAUUUCACUCUCAUUGGAUGCGCUCCUGGAUUAUAAUGACAAGGAUAUUGAGGAAUCAACAUUUGAGCUUUCAUUGUUUGCUGAGUCGAUGUUUGAAAUGCUUCAGUACCAAAUGGGUUGUCGUCUUCUAGCAUUUCUUGAGAAACUGCGUAUAAAAUUCAUAAGAGAAAGAAAUCAACGGAAGAGGCAGCGUGAAGAAGCCCCUGCCAAAGAGAGUGAUAAAGAGAAACCAGCACAGAAGCGAUCAAAGUUUACUGAUGAACCUCCUGUAGAAAAUGAAUCUGCUAAGCCUGAAAUGCAGGAUGCUUCCAAUCCAGAAAAUGAAAAUACAAUGCCUAAGGAGGAGGGUUCUGCAGCUGGUCUCGAUGAAUCAAAUAUGGAGGACAAUACUGAUGAAGAGGAUCCAGAGGAAGAUGUUGGUGAAGAUCAGGAAAUGGAUGAUGCUGUGCUAUCGGAUCCUCAUGAGGCAGGAAAUGAUGAAGAGGUAGCUGAUCUGCAAGUUAAGCAUGACAAGGAGACAACUGAUGUCAUAAACAAAAUGGAGGAACCCACAGAUGAAGUAAAGAGUGAAGAUAAAACAGCUGAGACAAAUGACAAACUUGUCAGGGAAAAGAGCAAUGAUCAAGUGGCUGAGUCAGAGAAGUCUGAUGCUGCCGCAAAGGAGUCGGUUGUUGAUAAAGAACUAUUACAGGCAUUUAGAUUCUUCGACAGGAACCGGGUGGGCUACAUCAAGGUUGAAGAUCUGAGGUUGAUUAUUCACAACUUGGGGAAGUUCCUCUCCCACAGGGAUGUCAAGGAACUUGUACAGAGUGCUCUAUUGGAAAGCAAUACUGCCAGGGAUAACCGCAUUCUAUACAAUAAGCUGGUGAGAUUAUCUGACCGCAUUUGAUUGUGCAAGGCUUGUUUGAUGCUCCCCAGUAAUUUGCUCUGGUUCUGCUGCGAACGCUCGGCAUACAAUUGUGGAAUGCCUCCCCAUAUGUGAGCGUUAUCUACUUUCUUCGGGAAAUCUUUGGUUUAAAUAAGACU